AUGGCAGCAGGAGAGGCAGCGGUGCUGGUGCUGGUGGCCGUGCUGUGGGGCAGCACCGGGCCGUUCCUGCGGACAGGCGCGGCGGGGCUGGAGGAGGUGCGGUGCCAGGGCCGCCUGCAGCAGCUGCUGGCCGAGAUCCGCUUCCUGGGCCUCAACUACAAGUACAUGGUGCCGUUUCUGCUCAAUCAAGGUGGGUCUCUCCUCUUCUACCUCACCUUGGCAUCCGCAGAUCUGUCCCUGGCAGUACCGCUCUGUAACUCCCUGGCUUUGAUAGUCACGCUGGGGACUGGGAGGAUUCUGGGAGAGGACAUCGGUGGUAAAAGGGCUGCGGCAGGAAUGCUGCUCACCGUCCUAGGAGUCGCGCUCUGUGUUGCUGGCUCGUGAACGAGACGCAGUGAGAAGCAGAGGAAGGGAACCUGUUCAAAGGUAACCCCCGUGGCUGAAGGGGGGGCUUCUGGCUCCGCAGCACACCGUUUGGCUCAGUUGGACCUAGGAAGCUGUAUUUUGAUACACGGAUGUCAAGAAACGUGAAAACGUGGACUGUAUUCCCUGAGCACCAGGGUGGAACAAGGCAUGUUGCAGGGACAUCCUAUUUAAUGUCUUGAGUUAAGGAAUUUUUUGUCUGUGGGUGUUUCAAGGCAAGGAUGAUUGAAUUGUCUUGUUCGGCACUGGAGGGAUAAUAAAGGGUUAAUAAAUCAUUCAAC